AUGUACACAAUAGCUGCACUCACGAUUACUGUCCUCCUUGCAGCAUACAACACUUCGGCUGUCCCAACCAGCCAAUCGACCUCGGGCCCGACUCCUGCGCGCAACAAUGGCAAACGAGGAUUGAGCUAUACCAACGAUACAUUCACACAGCCUUACUCCCUGUCGGGACAGAAUUCGCAAGUGUCCUGGGGUUAUGACUGGUACUACUCGCGCUACAAGAACGACGACAACAUCACGAACCCGGCGAUCACCUUUUAUCCCUUGCUGUUCAACGACGCCGAAAGCCUGGCGCAAGCGUGGCCUGCUGCAGCCCUGGCGGCCAUAGACGACGGCGCCGAUGCCUUGAUGAGCUUCAAUGAGCCAGACCUCUGUCACGACGGAUCGGCCUGCAUGACUGUUCAGCAAUCUGUUGCCGCGUACAGGAGAAGUAUGCAGCCCUUCGCUGGGAAAGUCCGACUAGGAGCACCUGCCAUAACUCAGAAUGGUCUGGACUAUCUUGGCCAAUUCUUGGGCAACUGUACAGAAUGCACAAUAGACUUCAUCAACAUCCACUGGUACAGCAACCGAUAUGCCUUCGCCUACCUGCAGUCUUUCGUCAAGCAAGCACAUGCUGCCUAUCCCAACUAUCCCAUCUGGUUGACAGAAGUGGGCAUGGAUUACAGCGAAGGCGAUACAUCGGAUGCCGACACCCAGACUUUCAUGAAGAAAGCGCUGCCGUGGCUAGAUGCUGUGCCCUACGUCGAACGCUAUGCGUGGUUCUACGACGGCCCUGGAUUCCUCAUCGAUUCGAACGGCGAAGGACUUAGCGCACAAGGAACGCUGUACACCACAUAUACAGCGCCUUGCUCGAAUUGGGAUGACACUGGGGGCCCUGGUGACUUUGCGCGUAACUCAUGA